CUUAUUCCUCGUACUGGUGGCCCCAGCCUGUGCCUGAUAGGAAAUCAAUCUCGUAGAACUACGACAAAAUAAAUCGAUAAUGCACGAGGAUCCCCAUUUCCAUGGUGCUACCUUCGAACUCUUCCUCGUGUCAAAGUUCGUUGCCCAUUUGCGGAGAAUGGUGCUUACUAGGUGUCAAAUCACAUGCACACAUCGAUGCCAGUAUUGUCGGCGGUUCGGCAUCUUCGUCAAAGGCACAUACGAGCAGCCGAAGAACAAAGUGUCGCCUGCCGUCCUCCGGACAUGAUGUUGCAUUGCAAGAACCACGCUCGAAUGAUUUUCCUUUUGCACCGCAGGACCAGGAUGCCGCAGUCAGCGUUUCCUGGCCCCCCUGUCUCGGCGACGAUUGCUGCAUCGAUUGCGGACAGUACCAGGAUUACCUCCAGCCGCACCGAAACCACCACUGC